ACACACGACCAAAUUGAAAUCUAAGUUCAAAUUUGAGCGCCUGCGCAGUGAGUACUUUCAACAAGCCAGACGCCAUCUUAGCCAUGUGUAGUAUGAAUAAGCAUGAAGCAUGUUUGAAUCAAAACAUAGCAAGAAAAAAAGGCUUUUGAAAAAGGGCUCAGUAAUGUUCGGCGUUAAAGAAGGACACACAGUUUACUGCGACGAAGAUUGCAGCUACACGCAUCAUGAAAUAUUAUUGCUGUUAACUGCGAGCAAGAGAAACGACCCUAAAAGUGCUGAGAAAUUCAAACAAAGCGUUCUUAAAGCGAUAUCGCGUGGAUGGAACAAAAACGGUGACAUUGAAGACAGCUGUACGUUUUUUCGCUUCCCGUUAGUUCACUGGGCUGCAGUGUAUGGAAAACUUUCUGCCCUGCAGUGGCUGUUAAAUCAAGGAUUCAAUGCAGAUGUCAUAAAUUCUCAAGGGGAAACAGCCUUACAUCGACUCAUUGCUUGUCAGGCUCACGAGCGGGCGGUGGAUCCUAGAAUGGGUCGUGGUCGCCGAUACUCUUUAAAUAACAUUGUUCAGGUGUUCACCAAAGUUCUUGAUAUUUUUAUGACGAAAUCACCCCGGCUGCUACUUCGCUUUGAUUAUGUUGAGCGCAAUACUCCUUUUUCUCUGUGCCUAAAAUUAUUGAAGGAAAAUCAAUGUACCUGUCCACGACUAGCUCACUACUAUCAGGCCUUGCUCAAGGUGCUGUGUGAGAGCCUUGUGCAUUUAUUAAAACAAAAGAAACUAAGAGAGGAGUAUAUUAGAAAAGGCUUUUUGCAAAAAGAUUUGGAUGGUAACACAGUUUGGCAUCUUGCAGCCAUGUCACAAAAUGAAACUGUGAACUUGUGUUUUGAUAUGAUCUUGAAGAAUGUUGUGGGGUUUGAUCUAAGUGUCUCAAAUAAUUUUUACGAAACACCUAUUCUAGUGGCUUUGAAGAACAAUAACCAGAGAUUUGCUGCAUUGAUAGAAGCAUACAAGUUUUCCAGUUGUUCAGUUCCUAUCGUUAAGAUGGAGCUGCAAUCAGAGGAAUGCUUGUGUGAGCACCGCAAAAGCAAUUGCACCUCAGAUAGGCAAGGAGCAUUGUCCUCAAAUGUCUCAGAAAAAUUAAGUAGUUCUUGCACUGAUGUUUCUGUCACAGAGGCCACUACACUUGUCAAUUAUCCCUUGGGAACAGUUGAGCAAUCUUUUAUGGAAAAGCCACAAACAGUGGGUGUACUCGAUGAAGAGAAAGUAGUUUUUACCAGAGAGAUGAAGCUGAAAGUAGCAUUGAUAAUGACUCAGUCACAAAUAUUGAUGCUGAUGCUAGUCAAUGUGACAUGGAUAAUGGAGGCAUGACUGACCACCAGACAUGCGAUUUGGAGUCUCUUAGUGGUGACAAUGAACAGGUUGAAAUCGACAAACAGAUAGACCUUCGUGUGAACAUAAGUCAUGCAGGGGAUGAAUCAGACAUGUCAUGGUCGGAAGACAUAUCCAAUCAAGAAACACAAUGUUCAAUUGAUACGAAAUCAUUAGAUAAAUCAAUUGAAAGUACAGACAUAUUAGCUGAGGCAUUACGGCUCGCAAAUGUUGAUAAUGAGCUAUUGCAACACAUUUCCACUGAGCAUAAUGCAGUUAAUGAAGUCACUCAAAACAUAUCAAUACUAACGCCUCCAAAUAGCAGCACAAGUCCUGACUUGAGUGAAAAUAUGCCUGAAACACAACCAGCCACACCACCUAUGAUAGAACAUGUUAUGAAAGGCAAUGCUCUAACUCCUGUACUUUUAAUCAAGUUGCUUUCGGAACCAGAUGUUUCUUUGAAGUUCCAAAGUCUACUGAAGGAUGUAAUCACUGAUGAUACUGCAAAAGUUGACUCCAUGCAUUCUACACUGCACAGUCUUAAAAUGUCAAAAGGAGAAUUGGAUAAUGAGAUAAACUCAGUUGAGGAAAUGUUGGGAUGUAUUGAUGUGAAAAAGUUGAAGCUUGCCGAGGAAAUAGAAAGACUGCAAAAAGAGGUCUGUGAACUACAAACAUCGGAAGAAACUGUGAAAAACAAACUAUCCCAUCUUAAGGAAGAACAAGCUAAAGUGAUAGAAAAAAUUGAAGACAAUGAAUGUAUGUGCAAAAAAUUAAAAAGACGUCUCUCCGACUGCACAGGUGCGCUAAUUGGUUUAUCACCAAAGACACAAAAAACAUGUUAAAUAUGUGUAUAUUGGAAACGCAAAUGUGAAUUUUGGGUUUUUAAAUCAGACUGUAUAAAAUCAUGAACUAGUUCUUUUUAUUGUUUGAUUUUUAAGGCACAAGCAACAAAGUUUACUUCGUUAAUACUGAUGAUGAAUGCAAUUUA